CGAACAUGUUGUGGUGGCACGGUGGCACGUCUCUGCGAGCUAUGGACGGAAGCAAGGAUUUGUGACGACUACGGCCACACUGCGACAUGGAUGAUGAGAACCUUGACAAUUUCAGCAACACUACAACCCCUGUCGAUACUCGAGCUAGAGACUUUUUCACAACCAUCACCAAAAGGGGGGUGCAAACACAAGCAUCAUGGGAAGAAGCUCAAGCUCAGAUGACGCUGUUCCUGGGCCUAUGGGGCGGAUUCUUCGCUGUCACUUUGAUCAUGGGGAUUUCCAGGCGGAUUUGGUCCCCGGAGUCCAUGAACAGAAAGCUCUCGCAACAGCUUACUGUCCUCAAGAGCAGCAAGUACUGGAACGUUUUCAUGUUUCUCCUGAUGCUCGCAUUGGUGGUGCUAUAUGUUUUGCGUUCUGAGAAGGUGCAAUUAGAUGAGAACUUGUCCUUCGUGGAACUCACAGCGGUGGCCUUCUUUGCCAUUGAGGCAUUUAUCACCUGGCUUCACUUCUCGAGUGGUGGCAUCGAUGGCAUCAUCGCGUUUUUCUUCAAUUACGUUUUUGUGGCCUGCUUGGUCAUUCCGUCGGUUGUGUACCGAAGUCUUGCAAGCAGUCCCUCGCACUUUUCCUUCGGCUUUUGUGCAUCAAUCCGGGCUGCACAGAUCUGGUGUGAGUGGGUGAGUUUUCAUCGUCGAGGAAGGCUGAAAUUCUCUGAUCACAUCCUUAUGUAUGCAGCCACUUUCCUUUCAGGGACAUUUUCCAUGGGCAUGUUCAUCAGAGAGAUGGAAACUCUCGAUGGGGUGGAUCCCAACUUUUUAGAUGGCAGCGAACCACCAGGUGAGAAUGCAACUGCCUACGAAAGGUGGUCGCUCUUCGCUUCCUUGUACAUGAUGUUCAUCACCAGCAGCAAAGUAGGCUUUGGGGACCUGCACCCAAGGAACCCUGUGGCGCAAGUCGUUUCGCUGGUUGGCACCGGUGCCUGUGUGUACUUGCUUGUGGGCGUUCUUAUGAAGGUGCUGCAGAACAAUGAGACAGGAGGGCUCGCCCGACCGCGAUACCCCAACAGAAAUGGUUUCAGGCAUAUCCUCAUUGCGGGCACACCAUCUUUGCAGGUAUUGAUCGACUUUUUGCAUGAGUUCUUUCACAAGGACAAUCAAGACAGCACCGAGGACAUUGAUGUGGUGAUCCUUUACGUGGAGGGCCAAAGGAAUAUCAUGCAACAACUGGCCCAGCGCCUGAGUGUCGGUGGCGCACAAGACUUGCGAAUCUUGCAGAAGGUGUGGAUGGUUGAGGGCACAGCGCUGAAGCCCGAAGAUCUCAACCGAGUACGAUUCCAGGCCUGCUCGGCAGCCUUUUUGAUGCCGAAUAUGUACGCUCCGGACCCUGAACGCGAGGAUGUGAGUAACAUCAUGCGGGCCUUGACAAUGAAGCAGCACACGUCGUACGUGCACCUGGUAUGCAUGGUCAUGAAGGCACAUUCGGUGGAGGGAUUGAUCUCUGUCGGAGUGCCUCCUCAAGACGUGGUCUGCUACGAUGAUCUCCUCCAGGGAAUCUUGGGCAAAGCCGCUGAGGUGCGUGGCUAUCUUGCUUUGGCCGCAAGCCUCUUGAAGACCUCCAAAUUGGUCUCCAAUGCAGAGAUCAACAAAAAGGGCCACAUUUGGGCGGAAGACUACGCUUCAAGCUUGGCCAUGACGAUUUUUGAGGUCGAUCUUCCAUCGUCCUACAAGACUGUGCCUUUCUGCGAAGUAGCUGCAGACAUGUGUGACAGGAGCGGCUACAGAGCUUUCCUCAUUGGCUUGGCAGAGGAAGCUUUGUUCCCUGCAGACAAGACAGAGUAUGUACUUUUCCCAAACAAAUACUAUCGCGUUGGCUUGCAGCAGGACAGAGAGGUCAAGGGUAUCGUCAUGGCCAAAAAAAGAGAGGACAUCAGAAUGGCUUUACCUGGCAGAGCACUGAAAUGGACACCAGAAGCAUGGGCAACAAACGCAGGACCUGUGCAGGCUAAUCCCGGCCUCUCAACUAUGAAGGCGGCAAAGGACAAGGAGGGAUGGGUCCGGGAUCAUUUCACCGAGGAAAGCGACAAGCAGGCCUACUUGCACGAAAAGCUUGACAGCGCAGCAAAACGCCGUGCAGCACUAGGCUUAGUCCAUCGCGCCAAGCUGAGCCGAGUUAGCGUGGAGAACUAUAUGGAUGAGAGCAACGAUGACUUCUUCGAUACUCGUGAUGAACUGGAGGACCUUAUGGAAGAUCCCACCUCGGAUGUGAUGCAGGAUCCCUUUGAGAGAGCCUUGCUUGAAAGACGCAUGGAGGCUAAACGGCAAAUCCUGGAUGAGAAAGAGCAGAUGGAUGCGGAAGCUGCAGAUGACAUCCUGUAUGGAGAGAACGAGAGUAUACGGAUGGCACUGGUGCAUAUCCACAAAGCCGAGGAGGCCAGAUAUCAGAAGAGAAUGCCAGACCCCAUUGUGCAGAGAGAGGAUGAAAUGCUGUGGGGAGCGCCUGUCCCACCGGCUGAAACGAUCUGGGCAAAUGCCAAGGAACCACCUGAUGAACUGCUGGUUCGUGGUGACCAUGUCAUCUUGGUGACUUUGGAGAGUGACCUUCCAGAGGAUGCGGUCAACGAUGAGGAGGACACACUGGCCAGUGGCAAGCGAAAAGCGUUGCGCCCGGGCAGGAUGAUGCCCUUGAAAUCAUUCGUGCAAUCGAUGAGGUGCCAAAAGAAGAGACGUCCGCUAGUGGUGGUGUCUGAACGAGUUCCAUUUGAUUGGGCUCGAAUCAUGCAAGAGCCUCUUGUCUAUCUGGUCUUGGGGGUGCCGUACUCUCCCUCCACCUUGGAACGAGCUGGAUAUUUGCAGGCAAAAUCCAUUGUGAUCUACCAGAAGGAUAUACCCAAUGGGUCAGAUGCUCCACUGGUCGAUUCACAGGCCAUUUUUGCUCAGCGCCUGCUGGAGUCGCUCUUGCGUGAAGCAGGGGCAACAAGGACUCCUGUGAUCAUGCACAUGCACAUGGAGGACAACACCGAACUCCUCCCAGACUCAGCUGAAGCACGAAAAACGAAGGGCCUCCUAGAGAUGCUGGAGUCAAAGACACGGGAAGACGAUGAAGAUGAAGGGCCAAGUCAGCCAAAAAAGGUUGAGGUUGAAGAUAGGCAGCAGAUCAUCUUGCAGCAUCGCUUUGCCAGCAGCGUCCUGUUCAGCUCGAACUUUGUGACCUGUUUGAUGGCGAAUGUCAUGUUUCAGCCUUGUCUUGCGGCCGUGCUCACGGAGAUGUCAAAAGCAGCCUUUGUCGUCGUGGAGGUGCCUGAGGUAUGGAAAGGCUUGACCUUUGGCCAGCUCUUUAGCUACAUGAUGAGGAAGAGGAAUCUGAUGCCGAUGGCGCUCCUUCGAAAGACUACAUCGCAAGAAGCUCUUGACUUCCUUGACUCAACUGUAGAGAACAGGAAGAUUGAAGAUCCAGAGGAGAAACUGGAGCUGGUCUACGCACACGCGCAGAGGAAGAUGGAUGAUUGGCGGCAACAGCUCACGGAUGAAGCGGAGAAGCGGAGGUACAUCCCUGGGGACCCACCGUUCCAGCGCUAUACACUGGUGAUGCCACCUGGAGCAUCUUACGUUGUCUACAACGACGGAGUCAUUUGCAUGCAGGGGACUACAAGGACCACCUUGCCCAAAACAGGAGGCAAACGUGAGAGAUUUGAUGAUCCCAUCACCCACAGCCGUCCUGCGGCCUGACCAGCCGAACGGGGCGUGUCCAAGAAGCAGCUCAAAGUUGGCUGCAGAUCAGCUGGCCUAAGGCCACACUGAUGUGGAUGAUGCGGAAAUGGGGAUGGGUCAAAACCUAUGAAGUGACCAUAUGACUGGGCGAACAUCCAGCGAAAAACCAGCUAUUUCACGAUAGGAUACCCCAAGGGGGUCUCAGGGUUUUGACUCAUAGCAGAGAGAUGCUGCGCAAAAUGACCUGGACUCCAGUGGUGAUUCCAAGUGUCACAGCAAUGGAAUCAGCUGCAUAUCCCAGAAAAAAA